AUGGCUGAAAGCGCCGAUGGCCCCGACGGCCUCGAUGAACUCUAUCUACACCGCGAUUUCCUUGGAGGGAGUACUGACCUCGUGAGCUCCUCCUGGAGCCAAGCUUCAGGCUACUUUCCCAACUUCAGCGGCGGUGGCAACCUCCCUUUCGGCCUUUACAACCCGUUCCCGGCCACUGAAGCUUCCGCGGACCUUGAACUGGCUGAUCCCGAGGCGGGCUAUCGCAAUGACGUCGACGUCCGGGGGAGUGCCAGCAGCUGGGAAGAGGGCUUCUGGAAUACGCCCUCUGGCAGCCAAGUCGGCAACGAGCUUGAAGAAUUCUUUGGUCAGCCUCAGACGAACCAAGUUGCAUCGCUCCAGCAGACUCUAGAUACUCGCUUCACUACUCAGAUCACGCCUUCACAAGCUCGACAAACGCCACAGAGAGUUUUCAAACAGGAGAACUCACCGACACGGCCGUCCGCACAGCACGACUACAGCUAUACCACACAUCAUAGCAUCACCAUGCCUCAGUACGGCCCCCCAACACCACUUGGCAGCUUCACCAGCGCUGCGGUUGGGCAGGUCCCUGGUCAGCUGGUCGCUCCGCCAUCGCCGACCUCGCCUUUCAGGCGCAAACGGCGAUCGUCCUCAUCCAACUCAUCUGCGUCCAUCCCCUCCCCAACGUCCACUCACACCAUAGAUGACAACAAUUCCACCGUCUCCGGUCGUGGAGGCGGCAUUUCCAAGCCCAAGAAACGCAUGAUCAAGCAGCAGCCCAACCGCAGUAAGGCGCCAAUGACUGCCCAACAGGAAACCCUCCGUCAGCUCAUCGACGCCGAAGGUACUGGUAUCUUCCACCAGCACAUACCCUCGGCGGAGAUCGGCGCCGCCAACCACGCUGAGCUGAUGCGCAUGUAUGCCAAGGAGCCCGCCGUUUGCACCGACCCGUCCACGGACGACACCUUCCCCGUGUGUACCGAGCAAGAGCAGAUGUACAUCCGCGACAUGUACAACGCUGUCUGGGACUGGUCUGACUACGGCGAGAUGAGCAAGACACUAGGUGUGGCCAGCAUGGCCGCGUGGCGCGAGGCCAUGGCACUGCCGGAGGGAGACCUGCACAGAGCGCAACUGCUCCAACAGGUGCCGUCGCGCAAGGAGCAACAGAAGAAGGUCCUAAGCCGGGUACUAUCCGACUACAUCGUAGAAGAGAUUUGCUGGCGUUUGCUUGAGUCCUACGCGACGUUUCGGGACCGCGUGGCCGCCAUCUGCGACAGCCUGCGCGCCUCCAAGCAGCUCGUCAAGUCACUGCUCAGCGCCGGCAAUGGCUGGUGCAAGCGCAUCGCAAACAAUCCGAAGGGCGAGUUCACCCACAAGGUGAACAACAUGAAGGUCAACCGCCGCAAGAACGAGCGUCUGCGGGAGGCAACAAGCAUGCAGAAGAAGGAGGAGGAAUGA